GAUACGGACCCCUGGACGACGACGACGACUGGAUGGAGCGACGGGCAGAGGUAUAGGCAGGCCUUGAUGCAACGGCUCUGAGGGCCUGGCCUGAGCGCACUGCGACUCUGGAUAGCAUUGCUGGUCAAGUUGCGUUCGGACUUUGCCGGGUUCCAACGCGUACCAUGUCUCUACUCCGUCCUCUUGCCUUUGCCACCAGUGCUCGCUAUUUCUCUACUGCGACCCGUCGUCCCAACAAUGUAUUGCGACCUCGGCACCUGAAAACAUUUCUCUAUGCAGGCGCAGGCUUGCUAGGAGGCUCGUUUCUCUUUGGGUCAACAAUUCACCUGGACGCGGAGCCUCAAGAAGAAGAUACGAAAGUAGUAGCUGCCGACCAGGACACGAUCAAGGACCCCGCUACAGACAUUGAGUUUCCGACUACUCUACGCGUGACUACCAAAGUUAAGACGCCUCUGCUGUCAUUAGUUGGCGUCGGCGUCCGAACGGUCUCUUUCCUGGGUUUAAAGGUCUACUCUGUAGCCUUCUAUGCAGACUUGAACAAUCCUGAACUAAAGAUAACUGACUCUAUGACUCCGGAUGAGAAGAUAGAACGCAUCGUUAGAACAUGUGCAUGUGUGAUCCGAAUUGUGCCAACUAGAAACACGUCAUUCACACAUCUUCGAGACGCAUUCGUACGGGCUGUUGGAGAGCGCAUGGUCUUGGGACGCAAGAACGGCACCCUUUCUGAGGAGGAAGCAGUCCAAGUGGGGUUGCCUUUGAGAAAGCUGAAGACUCUGUUUCUCAAUUCACCGCUGAAGAAACACACACCGCUUGACAUCUUCCUCGCUCCUCCAGUUCUAGGACGCCAGCGUGUUUUGAUUUUCCGUGAUUUGGGUGGACUUGAAAGUGACUGGCUUGCCCCAGAAUUCAUCCUGCAUUACUUUGAAAACAAUGGCGUGAGCCCGCCGCUCAAGCAGACUGUUGUUGCACGCGUUAAAGAUUUUGUAAAGUAGGAAAUAUAACAACCAAUCGCGUUAAUUUUAACAAAAGAACCCGUGUCAUUGCGAUGGCAGGUGAUUGUUUGUCCGACUGCUUUCUCCAUCACUUUCUGUCAUCUGUGUCCCUCUGCACAAGAAUGCCUUCAUACCGCUAUCUCAGCAGUACGUUACUGUACUCAGUGUGAACC